AUGUCGAACCCGGACAUCCCGGUUACGCCUGUGGAUUCACAGGACAAGAAUCAACCACGACCACAAUCAACGCGGCCAUCGUCCCCAAUGACAGACGCUGAUCAAGAAAUGGAGGACUCGAAAGAUAGUCUCGCAAAUGGAACAGAGGACACGACUGAGGAUGUGGAGGAGAUGGACACAAAGGCUAAGGCGUUGAUGCACCUUUUGAACACCAGUGAAGUCUUCGUGGCUAUCAUGGCGGACAAGAUGAAGAAGCAGCAAGAAGAGGCAAGACAGGAGGCGGCUAGAUUACAGCAACAAGCGGCCGCAGACGAAAAUACCAAACCUACCCCCAAGAACGAAUCGACCGAAAAGCGUGGGACCCGCUCGAGCGCAAGGCAUUCGUCCGUCAAAGAGGAGACGGCCGUGGAAGCUGCGAAGUCGGAUACGGAGAAGCCGAAGAAGGGCCCAGGCCGUGGGAAGAGGGCUCCUGUAAAGGGCAAUAAUAACAUCUCGAAUUACUUCCAGAAGGCAGCAGAUGCAGGCGUCACGGAGAACAAGCCGUCAGUGCAGGAGGCACUCGUGCAAGCUGCUGAUGAAUUCGAAGCCAACCCCACCGUGCUUGGUGAGCAGGAGCUCGUUGCCACUCAGCAGCCGGAGCUGGUGACUGGUGGUAAGAUGAGGAAGUACCAGUUGGAGGGACUGGAGUGGCUUAAGACACUAUGGAUGAAUGGAUUGUGUGGGAUUUUGGCGGACGAGAUGGGUUUGGGAAAGACCGUGCAGGCUAUUUCUUUGAUUGCAUUCUUCAAGGAGAAGAAGGUCUCCGGGCCGUUUAUGAUUGCGGCGCCGUUGAGUACCGUUAGCAACUGGGUGGAUGAGUUUGUGAGAUGGACUCCUGAUAUCAAUGCGGUUCUGUACCAUGGGUCGAAGGAGGAGCGUGCGGCUAUCAGGAGGGAUCAAAUGAAACUGAAGGACCAAAAGAGCAUGAACUUUCCAGUUGUUUGCACAUCUUAUGAGAUUUGUAUGAAUGACCGGAAGUUCCUUUCGCAGUAUCAGUGGAGGUACAUCAUUGUGGACGAAGGACAUCGUCUGAAGAACAUGAAUUGCCGUCUCAUCAAAGAACUUCUCGCAUACAACUCCGCGAACAGACUUCUCAUCACCGGUACACCAUUGCAAAACAACAUCACUGAAUUGUGGUCCUUACUGCACUUCCUCCUCCCCGACAUCUUCAACGACCUCAACAGCUUUCAGGGCUGGUUCGAUUUCUCCUCAAUGCUGGACAACAAUGGCCAAGCGGAUUUGGUCGAGCGCCGAAAGCGCACCUUGGUCUCGACGAUGCAUUCGAUCCUGAAGCCAUUCCUCCUGCGACGAGUUAAGACUGACGUUGAGACGUCGCUACCCAAGAAACGGGAGUACAUCCUCUACGCACCUCUGACGGUCGAGCAGAAAGAUUUGUACCGUGAAAUACUCAACGGCACUGGUCGCCAGUAUCUGGAAAACAAAGCAAAGGAGAGGAUCAUGGCGCAGAACAAGACACUUACACGCGCAACGAGUCGGAAACGCGCGGCUGAUAGCAGCAGAUCGUCAACCCCUAACAAGAGUAUCAAAUCUAGCCGUGCCUCCACGCCUGCUAGCAAUGGCUCUAGUGCACGCAGACGCGGGGGACCGCAGAGUUAUAGAGAAAUCAGUGACCGGGAGUUCCUUUCCAAGCUGCGGAAGAUUGAGCAAGGCAUCGAGGAUGAACUUGAUAUUGAGGAUCCUAAUGAAACCGAGCAGGAGGAAUUAGAGAGGACUAAUACGAUCAAGCUCGCGAAGAAAGAAAUCGCCCAGAAGAAGAUGCAGAACCCCGUCAUGCAAGCCCGGCUCGCCUGCAACUCGCCCCACAACUUCUACUGGCCAUGGGGUAAUGACCCAUCCACCAUCGACGAAUCCCUCAUCACCUCCUCGGGCAAAAUGCUCCUCCUCGACCGCCUCGUCCCGCGCCUCCUAUCGAAGGGCCACAAGAUCCUCAUCUUCUCCCAGUUCAAGACACAGCUUGACAUUCUCCAAGAUUGGGCCACCCAACUCCGCGACUGGCACUGCUGCCGCAUCGACGGAGCGAUCAGCCAGACAGACCGCCACGCACAGAUCAAGGCAUUCAACACUAGUCCCGCGCACAAGAUCUUUCUUCUAAGUACCCGCGCUGGUGGACAGGGAAUCAACCUCGUCGCCGCUGACACGGUCAUCCUCUUCGACUCCGACUGGAACCCCCAACAAGACCUACAAGCACAAGAUCGGGCGCACCGUAUCGGUCAAACCAAACCCGUCAUUGUAUACCGUCUUGCAACUAAGGGAACAGUCGAACAAACCCUCCUCGAAAAAGCAGACUCAAAGCGCCGUCUAGAAAGACUCGUUAUCCAAAACGGCAAGUUCAAAAGCCUACUCGACACCGGCGCCUCGGGCACCCAGAACGACGUCGAUGAUCUGAAAAAGGCACUUGGCGAGGAUGAGUUCGAGCGCUUUGAGGCCGGUGCUGAUCCUAGUUCGAUUCUUUCUGGGAAGGAUCUUGAUAUCUUGACAGAUCGGAGCGAGGAGGCUUAUGCGCGUGCUGAGAAGGGCUUGGAUCAGAGUGGGCCGGCGUUUUUGGCAGUUGAGACUAAGAGAGAGGGGAAUGGGCUUAUGACUGAGAUUGCUGGGAAGUAA